UACCAUAGUCAGUGAAAAUUUGUGUUUUGGUUGCGGCGACGCCAUCUUUAUAAAAUUAUUCCUUAACCGUAAUCAUUCGUGAUCAUCUGCGUAAUUCAGUUUUUCCUUAGAUUUUCUUAAAGGAGCCAAAUACAUGUAGUUUUAACACAAAAUUAUUUGUUUGUGUGUAUGAAUGUCUUCUGAGUGAAUGGAACGGUGACUAGGUCUUAAAUCCAAAGUUACUGUUGCGUAUACUUGUCGUCUGUCUGUUGUUGACUGAAUCAAUAUAUAAUAAAAAUAAAUCAAUUGCAAAGAAAUGGCUACAAUGACGGAUCAGGUUUCUAAGUUAUUAGAUUUUUCUCAAAAGCUUGACAUUACACUUUUAGAGAAUAUUGUUGGAUGUAUGUACACAGGCACUGGUGAUCAGCAAAGAGCUGCUCAAGAAGUUUUAACUACAUUAAAAGAACAUCCUGAUGCAUGGACUAGAGUAGAUACUAUACUUGAAUUUUCAAAUAAUCAACAAACAAAGUAUUUCGCUUUACAAAUUUUGGAACAACUUAUUAAAACUAGAUGGAAAGUUUUACCUAGAAAUCAAUGUGAAGGAAUAAAAAAGUACAUUGUUGCAUUAAUAAUAAAAACAUCUUCUGAUCCAAUAACUAUGGAAAGAGAAAAGACCUACCUCAAUAAAUUAAAUAUAAUUCUUGUUCAGGUGUUAAAACGAGAAUGGCCAAAAAAUUGGGAAUCGUUUGUAGGUGAAAUUGUUGGUGCAAGCAAAUCGAAUGCUAGUUUAUGUCAGAAUAAUAUGGUUAUUUUAAAAUUGCUAAGUGAGGAAGUUUUUGAUUUCUCAGCAGGCAAUAUGACUCAAAUGAAAGCCAAACAUUUAAAAGACACUAUGUGCUCAGAAUUUGCACAAAUUUUUGAGCUUUGUCAAUUUGUUUUGAGUUCUUCUCAAAAUGUAGCUUUAGUUAGUGCUACGUUACAUACACUAUUAAGAUUUUUGAAUUGGAUACCCUUAGGCUAUAUAUUUGAAACAGACUUGAUUGACACAUUGAUUUUCAAAUUUUUCAACGUUCCUAUGUUCAGAAAUGUUACUUUACAAUGUUUAACUGAAAUAGCAGCUGUAACUGUACCAAAUUAUGAUGCUGCAUUUGCAGGAUUAUUUUCUAAAACAAUGGCACAACUUGUUGAGAUGUUGCCCAUUCAUACUAAUAUUAAAGAGGCUUAUGCAUCUGGACAAGAUCAAGAACAGAAUUUUAUUCAAAAUUUAGCAUUAUUCUUGUGUACAUUUUUGAAAGAGCAUGCCCUUUUAGUAGAAAAAAGUGGUUCUAAUGAAGAUUUGUUAAAAGCACUUCAUUAUUUAGUUAUGAUAUCUGAAGUUGAAGAGAUAGAAAUAUUUAAAAUUUGUUUAGAAUAUUGGAAUAGUUUGGCUGCAAGUUUAUACAGGGAAAAUCCAUUUGGUCAACUACAAAUUGUUGGUCUGUUUUCUUUGUCUCCUAAUAGCCGGCCGGAUUCUAAUGCCAUAUCUCCAAGACGUCAAUUUUAUGCUCCCGUUUUAUCCCAAAUGCGAUAUAUAAUGAUAAGUCGCAUGGCUAAACCAGAAGAAGUUUUAGUGGUAGAAAAUGAAAAUGGAGAAGUAGUUCGAGAGUUUAUGAAAGAUACAGAUGCUAUUCAUUUGUAUAAAAGUAUGAGGGAAACACUUGUCUAUUUGACUCAUUUAGAUUGUGUUGAUACUGAACGGAUUAUGACUGAAAAAUUACACAAUCAAGUUAAUGGAAAUGAAUGGUCAUGGAAAAAUUUGAAUACUCUUUGUUGGGCAAUAGGAAGUAUAUCUGGAGCAAUGCAUGAAGAAGAUGAAAAACGAUUUUUAGUUACAGCUAUUAAAGAUUUAUUAGGUUUAUGUGAACAAAAAAAAGGUAAAGACAAUAAAGCAAUCAUAGCCUCAAAUAUCAUGUAUGUCGUUGGUCAAUAUCCUCGAUUUCUAAGAGCUCAUUGGAAAUUUUUAAAAACUGUUGUCAAUAAACUUUUCGAGUUCAUGCAUGAAACUCAUGAUGGAGUUCAAGAUAUGGCUUGUGAUACAUUUAUAAAAAUUGCUUUAAAAUGUAGAAGAUAUUUUGUUCAAGUGCAAGUUGGAGAAGCAAUGCCUUUUAUUGAUGAAAUUUUGAAUUCUAUGGCAACAAUUACCAGUGAUUUGCAACCACAACAAGUACACACAUUCUACGAAGCUGUUGGAAUAAUGAUUGCUGCCCAAGUAAAUUCUAAAAUUCAAGAGCAAUUAAUUGACAAGUACAUGCUUUUACCUAACAUAGUGUGGGAUGAUUGUAUCAUUCAAGCUUCUAAAGAUGUUGAGAUAUUAAAGGAACCAGAAUUUGUGAAACAAUUGGGUAACAUUUUAAAAACUAAUGCCCGAGCAUGCAAGUCACUUGGUCAUCAAUAUGUUGUUCAAUUGGGUAAAAUAUAUUUGGACAUGUUAAAUAUAUAUAAUGUCAUGAGUGCUAAUAUUACUGAUGCUAUCACAACUAAUGGAGACAGUGUUACUAAACAGCCAUUGAUUAAGAAUAUGCGUGUAAUUAAAAAAGAAACUUUACGUUUAAUAUCGGACUGGAUUUCAAAGUCUAAUGAUAAUGCAAUGGUGCUGGAAAACUUUAUUCCUCCUCUUUUGGAGACUGUAUUGGCUGAUUACAGUAAAACGAUGCAUCCAUCUGCAAGAGAACCAGAAGUUUUAAGUGCCAUGGCCACCAUCAUUGAUAAACUUCAAUCUGACAUCACACCAGCUGUUCCAAAGAUAUUAGAUGCUGUAUUUGAAGCUACAUUAACUAUGAUAAAUAAAGAUUUUGAACAGUUUCCUGAACAUAGAACCAAUUUCUACCUCCUUUUACAAGCGAUAAAUAAUCAUUGUUUUGUGUCAUUCCUUUCAAUACCAGCACCUCAAUUUAAAUUAGUUCUAGAUUCAAUAUUUUGGGCUUUUAAACAUACUAUGCGGGAUGUAGCAGAAACUGGAUUAUUGAUAUUAUAUAAAUUAUUACAAAAUGUUCAGCAACAUAAACAAGCUGCUCAAAGUUUCUAUGUCACUUAUUUUACUGAUAUUUUACAACAUGUUUUUUCAGUUGCUACUGAUACCUCACAUACGGCUAGUUUAUUGAUGCAUGCUCAAAUUUUAUCAUACAUGUUCAAAUUGGUGGAAAGUGAUCGUAUUGAGGUUUUAUUAAGUGCGCCUGGUGCUCCACCCGAUGGUGAAGUUACUGAAAAAAAUGUUGCAUAUGUGCGUGAUUUUGUUGCAUCUCUCUUAAAAACAGCUUUUCCCCAUUUAGCUGAUCCUCAGAUUGCCCUUACUGUCCAAGGAAUGUUUAAUCUUAAUCAUGAUCUAAAUGCUUUCAAAGACCAUCUUCGAGAUUUCCUUGUUCAAAUUAGGGAAUUUACUGGUGAAGAUAUUUCUGAUUUAUAUCUUGAAGAAAGGGAACAAGCUUUAAGACAAGCACAAGAAGAAAAACGUGAAAUCCAAAAAUCAGUACCUGGUAUAUUAAAUCCACAUGAAAUCACUGAUGAUAUGCAAGACUAGAUAAGAAUAUAAAGCGGUUAUCGCAUCACUUAAAAACCUAAUGGUUAUGUUAAAUUUGGUUAUUAUUUAAUCUUCCUUAUCCAUUCAAUCAGAAUAUGGACUUUAACUCGGUAGAAUGUUUAGUCAUUUAUUUUUUCAUUAAAUCUGUUUUUUUCUAUUAUAAAAAUCAGUGUAUUAAAAAUGAAACUAAAACUUAAGUUUUGUUUGUUAUAUAAAGAUAUAUUCAAUUUAUUGGGUAAUAAUUGACAGGCUCAUUGCAUUUGUUUAAGUUUUGACUUAUUUUGGCACUUGUAAGCAUUUAUGGUUUAUCAUACCCACCUAUUCUAUUUAGACUACUCUGUAAGUUUUAUCACUAGCAUGGUAAAAGUUUUUUGUAUUACAUUCUAUGCAGUUCUACGUUUGAAACAAUAGUAUGUCCUCCUUUUUCUCAAUAAAUUGGUUGAAUAUUUGUAUAUAUUUAAAGAAAAUUGUGAAUUUAGUUUUUUUUUUUUUUGUUAAUUUAUAAAUUAUUAAAAACUAAAGUUUGGUAAAAAGACAUAGCAUGUUAAAACAACACUCUUAAAUGAUGGUUGAGUUUUAUAUUUUAAAACCUAAUUGUAAAAAAUCAUUGUACAAAUUUUUCUUUAUUUUUUUAUAUUAAUAAUAUGAACGAGUUAAUGAACUUGACCUUACAGUUUAGCAUUAAAAUUUUGUUAUCUACUAUUUAAUAAGUUCACUAUAAUUUGUUCCCAAUUAGGUUCUAGUGUUAUUGGCAUUUAAUAAAGUUAAAAUGACUUUUUAUAAAAUUAUUUGUAUAAAACCUUGUUUUUCAAUUUAAAUUAUAAAUAAGACUUUUUUAACAGAAUAGUCUUAAAAGUAUAUUCAACAUUGGUAUAUCAAUUAAGGGCUAUAUGAUGUGUAGAAAUUAAUACAAAUUUCCUUUAUUCAUUCAUAACUAUUUGAAACUUAGUAUUGAUAUUGUCUAAUUUCAUCAUCUAGUAUUUUCAAAAUUCUAUAUAAAAUAUUGUUUCAUGACAAAUUGGUAUUUGUUUAUCUAAGAAGCAUUUACAUUUUAAUUUCUUUUUGUUUCUUUUGUGAUUAAUUCCACAACAAUAACAAUCCUGCAUCUUCAACAAUAAUAAUUUAUUUAUAAUUAGAUCUAUAGUGUUAAACAUCUUUAUUUAAUAAAUCAAUGAAUAUUAAAAAAUCUGUUAAUAUUUUUAAUUUGUGAGUUUCAGUAUUUCAUUAAUUUUCUUUUUACCAAUUAUCUCUUAAUAUUAAGUGAAAUUUUACAUAGUAAAUUUGUGGUAUUAUGUAUGUAUGUAUUUCAGUGGACCUAAUAUUUAAAAUUUAAGAACUAUUAAUAAACUAAUAAUAUUGCUCAAUAAAACUAAAAAUGCCAUCUGAAAAUUUAUAUUUCAUCAAGAAUUAAUAUAUUUUCUUACUUUAGAUAAUGCCAAAUCUUCUUCAUGUUGAUUUAUUGAAACUUGUUUUUUUUUUUGAUUAGUUAAGGGUAAAUAAUUUUGAUUAUCAUUAUUCUGAUAGUCUUAAAAAGAAGAAAAUAUUAUAAUUUUCUAUUUAUUUAAAUUCUGGUUUACUUUUAAAAAUAUUUUUUGAUAUAUAAAAUAAAUAAAAUUACAAUAAUUGUUAGUAAUAAGGCUGUGAUAAAAGAGAUGGGAUUUUAUAUUUGGGAUCCCGUAAAAAAAUAAAAUUUUGUGUUAGUUAUGUUCAAAAUUGAAAUUUCUUUAUGGAUAAUCUAAAUAUAUUUACAUGCAAAAUAAAGGCAUUCGUAUUUAUUUUUGAAGUAUUAUUAUUCCUGAUUACAAUUGAAUGACUAAUUUGCUUCUAAAUUAUUUUUACAUGAUGUAUAAAAAUGUUUAAAUAAAUAAAAAUACUUUAAAUAUUUUCACGAUUAAUUACAUUUUAAUAGAAGUAAAGAUGAUUUACUUGCAUGCUGAUUUUGAAUGAUUAUACUGGUGUUUGAGCUAGAUAAAUUGUUAUCCGCGUUACAAAGAGAAUAAUCCAGUGGGUUAUUCAAUUUGUUAAUGUAACAGUUUUUUGAGUGGCAAUUUUCACAUGAGAUAUUUGUUUUCAAAUUCUUUGUUUCUUGUUUCUUGUCAUCAGAGUUAUUACUUUGUAACAUACUACGAUACAUUAUUUUUGAGUAGCUAUUUGGGCUGGGUGUAGUGGGUAAAGUUUUUGCUUUGUUUUGAUGUCGUUCUUUAUAAGCGAUAAGUUUUUUCAAAUCUGAAAUAUUUUGUAUCAGACCAUGAUUUUUAUUCGUGAAUUAUAAGUUUUACACAUUUUAUUUAAUAAAUAUGUACUUUUGUGUGAAAUUUUUUUUUAAGUCACUUCUUUAUUUAUUCAUGUUAAUUCUAUAAUAAACUACUACUACAUACCUUCUAUAAACCUGUUUAAUAUCUCUGGUGCUAUGUUUGUGUAACCCAAUAUUUCUAAAUGCCUCUUUACCUCGUAUGGCUCUAUAUGCAUAUUUGCAAGCUGUAAUAACUACUUUAAGAUAUAAUAAAUAUUGAAAUUAAAAUGACAGGUAAAUUGUUAGUUUUAAGUUUCUAGGUAUAAUGUUUAUCAGCCAAGAUUUUUGUAUAAAACAAAUGUAAUAGAUUUAAAUUAUUGAUUUCAAAACAAAAAUUGAUUUUAUUUUGUAAAUAAAAUAUUUUGCUGCUGACAUAAUUUCUAAGUAAUAUCUUUCAAGGUGCCAAUAAUAUUGGAGCCAUUUCAUUUCAUUGUGAUUUUAUUUUUUGUAUUAUGUAGACAAUACCUAUUUAUAAUAUUUGUUGGUUUCAAAUAAAGCAUUUACUACUAAUA